GACGCAUCAGCUGGCUUGGAAGAAGCGAAGGACGACGGUGCUCGUGAUGAACCGCUUACGAUCGCCAAAAAAUUCCGAAAGCCGCCGUUCCGCCGGGGGAGAACACAUCUCCUCGUCGUCAUGAAGGCAUGACGCUGCGGCCUCUUGCAGACUGCCUACUGCCUGUGCAGCUGAUGCUGAUAAGAAGGACCCUCGCUUUCUGGAGUGUAUGUGGGCUGCUUGGGAUUCCUUCCUCGCAAGCAUCAAGGCUGCACCCACAGCGAGUGUGCUAGUCAGCGACCACGUCGAUAGGCAAAGCGCUGGAGCUGGACCCGCCGUAUCUGACUCAGCAUUCGGAGGGUAGGGGCGAUGGCUUCCAUCGCUGUUGCAGCCGGCGACGAUGCCACGCCGUUCUUGAUCCGCGUGUAUGUCAAGCUGGGGGCUCCAUGGCGGGAUCUGUCGUCGAUGCAGCCCGGUGGUCGGCCUUUGGAGGAUGAGUUCAAGCUCUAUGUCUGGUCGACGACGUCUCUCAGAACCAUCUGCGCUCAAUUACACGCUGCCAGCCCGCUAUCCCAACCCUUCUCUCGGCAUUCCUUUCGAGUCGUAUAUUGGGACUACAAGGCCAACGAGGCUAGAGCGCGAGACUACUUCCACGACAUCACUCGCGUUUCGCGCUCAACCUUGACAACGCUGCUUGGUGAAGAAAAUGCAAGAGAGAUGCUGCCCAAAUACUUGCAGCGCAGAGACAAGGGAAAGAUGCGCGAGGCAGAUCAGUAUCAAGAAGUCAACGAAGCAGCGGACGACGAAGCAGGGAAGCGCAACGCACUUAAGACCGUUGGAGACUUGCGCCUCAGAGAAGGUGCAGUCCUUGACUGUGUCAUCCAUGCUCCAGCAAUCUCAUCAGUCGCUUUUCGGGGGCCAGCGCCGCCCCAGGAUGCCUACCCCGGUCCUUCGAGCGUUGGGCUUGUAGUACGCGGGCGAUUCGCGCAGAGUUCAGCAAUGGGUCCCAUGCGGAUGGCAGACGCGCGGAUGAGCUCGGGAGCUCGGGAGCUGAAAAGAAGCCUUGGGCCUGAUCAGCACCCUUGGGGCCGCGGUGGAGAUCCGAACCUAGGCGUCCAAGAGCGUGAACGUCUACAUUCGAGGAUGCAUGAAAGCAGGCGAGAAACGUCACGUCUGCCCCGAAAUGUAGGUGCCUACAGGAUGAGAGAUAGUGCAUGUACCAAGUCGCGCAGUCGAAGCCCACCACGGCGAUUAGAAUCUCCAACACGUGCACAAGCCGACACGGGCGCGAAGCAAUCAGGUUGGAGUCCCUGAUGCUCUCUGCGUGCCUGCUUACUCGGAUAUAUUGUAUUCUUUUGCCAGUGCAUAUAUAUACUCAAGCCGGCAGCUGCCAGGCUCCAU